GACUAUAAAUAGGAGGGAUGAAGGCAGCAGAGAUCAGAUUGUCUCUACAGAGACCUCUACAGCACAGAGAUCCACACAUGGCUCCUACAAUCACUGCAGCAAUGACCGACUCUCAGGAGCAUCUGACUCGCAGCCACAAGCUCAGAAAGCCUCUGGUGGAGAAGUUACGCAGAGAGCGAAUCAACAGCAGCAUCGAGCAGCUCAAGUCUCUCCUGGGUCCAGAGUUCCUCAAACAGCAGCCAGACUCCAAGCUGGAGAAAGCAGACAUCCUGGAGAUGACAGUUUACUUCCUCAGACGWCUGCAGCAGCAGCAGCAGCAGCAGAAUCCAGCUGUGGGCUCAGCAGCGGUCAACCGGGGCUACUCCAGAUGUGUCCAAGAGGUGGCACACUUCCUGUCCAGUGAGGAGGUGAAGGCACAGUCGCAGAGAAGACUGAUGAAGCACUUCAACAAGCUGCAGUCUUCSUCUGAUGAGAAGCUGAGAGAGGCUGACUUCUCUCCUCUGAGCUCCACAGUCCACACCAGCAUCACYAAAGACAAGAGUCYGGUCAACAGCGCCCCCUGGAGGCCGUGGUAGACACCUGAGGACUUUUAUCAAAGUGAAGCUCAAGAUCAGAAACUCUCCAACAACUGUGCUCGUUCUCGUUGUCAUCUCGUGUUUGAAGAGUCAUUGCAUGCUAAUGCAAUUUUCUUAUUGUUUUUUACUUUUGUAAAAGUUAAAUUGUGUUUCUGUGAUAUUUGCAGACAACAGGUCGACUGCUAUUUUAACCGUAGUCACUUAUUUCUUAUUCAGAUGUUACUCUGUGAUGUACACGUUAUUAUUAUCACAAUGCUUGUAUAUUGUCGCUAACACAACAGUGAUCAAUGUACAGACAAACUGAGACGAGCUCAGUGGUCAAAAGUUAUUUUCUAUUCAGUUGAAUCAGAAAAAUCUUUUAAAGUCCUAUUGGACUGAUAAUUUCUUUCACGUUUGAAAGCAUGAUUUCCAAAUUGUUUCUAUUAUGAAACACAGCUUUGUAUUCUAUGAAUACUAUCAUCUUAUUGAUUUAUCAAUAUGCUACAGAACGUACUGCAACUGGAAACCUUUAAACUGCAUUACUGUAGUGUUUCUCAGAGUGCAGCUUGUAUCACGUACUUGCAUCUAUAUUUGUACAAUGCAAAAGAUUGUCGAUCCAUGUUGGGUCUUGAAGUCAUGAACUUGUUUGACAUUUGUUAGCAGCAUAAAUGUGAAACUGAAAGUUUUUUUCUUUCAAUAUAAGAUAGUUGGUUCACUUUGUUUGGACUGAAUGACUCACAGUCUCUUUUAAAGAAAAGAAAGUCCACGUUCACUUGUCUCUUAUUGAGUUCAUUGUCUUGGACGUCAAGUUUUUAUUGUGAUGUAUCAUCACUACAUAUGGACAUAAGAUGUGAUUCAUGUUUUCUCUGGUAAUAAAACAUAUCAACUGAA